AUGAUUUUAAAUUGGCCGCGAACAUUUUGAGAGGUUCGUACAGAAAAAAAAGAACAUGAGAAAAAAAGACAAACUUCAUGAUUUCUUAAAAAAUUAUGAUAAAACUGAUUUUUUAUGUAAAUCGCUCUGGCUUCGAAGGAUGGGUGUAAAAAUAUUGAAUGGCCAGAGUACCGUGUGUAUUUGAAAGAAAUAUGCUCGAGCGAAGAUGACGGCUCGGAGCAGAUUCCGAUAAUCUCGAUUCAAGGGUCCUCGAGAAAUGGAGAUAAAUCUCGGUGAUUUCCGGUACGAGUGGAGACUCGAAAACGCGUUCGAUAGAUAAUACGCACGAUGAUUAUGAUGCGCUACGAAUUGUUUGAACUGGGUCAAUCAAUAUGAAGAACAGAGAAGAGAGAGAGAGAGAGCGAGAGCGUAGCGUCGUUAUGGGGUGGAAUAUUCUCUUUCUGUCAAUCCGUAUAGCGCGCACCACGCGUCCUUUCAGUGCUGCGGAACGUGCGCGUGAAAAUAUCUCGUCACGGUGGGGCACGAGCGAUAUACAUAUGAUCCAAAGCAAAUUGAUAAGGGAGUCAAGUGAAAAUCGUCGUCCGAGUUCCAUCCUCCAAAUAAUCCGAACAAAAACUAAUAAAGUGAAAAAAAAAUUAAAAUAGAGGCAACAUUAUUGUGUCGGGCGAAAAAAAUGUCUUCUAUUGGUAUGACCGUUGAACCCGUACCGGAAGCACGCUUCAAUGAAGUCAUCGAACAUCUGAGAUACAACUUUUUCGCUGACGAACCACUCAACAAUGGCGUUGGACUCUGCCGCAAGGGCGAGCCUCACGAGGAUCUCGAGAAACAUUGUCUCGCUACUCUACAACAAGGCUAUUGCAGAAUGCUCCUCACUGACGACGCCACGAUAGCCGGUCUCGCCCUAAAUGGAGUACUGAAAAAGGGGGAACGCGAGGAAUGCGAGCGCCGUUUGUCCGAAGUCAACGACGUCAAAUUCAAGACUAUAUUCGGCCUUCUGUACAAACUCAACGAAAAAAUUGAUUUAUUUGAAAAAUAUAAUGUCGACGAGAUUUUCGAGUGUCGUAUAUUGAGUGUGGACGAAGAGUUUCGGGGCAAGGGCCUCGCCAAUGUUUUGAUGAAGGACAGCGUUGAAACUGCGAAGAAAGCUGGGUUUAAGGUUUUCAAGACGGAUGCAACUGGGAUAUUUUCUCAAAAGGUAUUUGCCAAGCACGGUUUUGAGACAGUCGCAGAGUUGCCGUACGUGGAAAUCGAGGAGAAAAUCAGACCAGGUCCACCCCACAAGUCGCUCAAACUGAUGGUGAAAGUGCUGGAUUAAAACAGGCCAGAGAACAUGAAGAAAAAAAAAUUAACGCAGCAAAUCCAGGAUAAAGGAAAACGAAAAAUUAGUAGAUGGAACGUAAGCGCAUCUCGUAUACUCAAGUAUGACAAUAAGACAGAAAAACAGUAAAAAAAGGAGCGAAAAAUCGUAAAUAAGAAUGAAAAUCCUCUGAAAGAGGAAAAGAGGCAAAAACGAAAAGUAGUUGUACUCGUCGUGAUCGUCGUUGUUUCGUCCAGAGAUGGGCGCGUUCUCGAGUCUCUCUAAUUAACGAAAGAGUUUGCUCGGUUCUUAAUAUUGUGAUUGAUCGUUAGUUAGGUAAGUAGAAUCCGUAAACUGCCCUUCCAAAAACAUAAAAGAAAGAGUAAACGGGUCGAUUGAUCCGUUGUUGAGAGAUAUCGGAAGGUUGAGCCAAUGAAAAAGCAAAGAGAAACUUUGAGAGAGAUAAUGGAACGAAAUAAAUCGUCUUACGCGCUCAAAAGAGCUUAAAGUUUCCGAGAGCGUUGUUUUGCCUUUGCGACAAGAAACUGAAAGCACAAAAUUUAAAUUAAUCAAAAAAAAUAAUAUAUGUACGCUGAAACUGAAAGUAUAACACGGAAAAGUUCGUAAAAGAUUAUUAUUGUGUAACUGAUCACUGGAUGAUGGGUCCAUUAACGCCCCUGGUGGGGGGACGAUAUUCGUACGAACUAUCGUAAAAUAAAUAUUGAAUAUUUUUGUUGUCGUCGUAUAUAUUCUAAAAUACAUUAUACUGCGUUAUUUUGUAAGGAACAAAAUAAAGAAUUUUAAAAACAA